AUGACUGUCCCCUGGCGCGAGGUCGUGCACAGCACAUUACAGAAUCUUAGCCGGGACGGCCUCAGUUCAGCACUCAAAGCAGACAAAGGGCAGAGGGACCUAGACGACAAUCCAAAAACCGCACCUCCAAUCCCUCCACCUUCAAAUGCCUCUCCAUCGCAGUCACAGAGGGGAUCAAUGCCUCGAACCUCUCCUAGAUCACUCACCAAGGUCGUAGGAGUCUUCCUUGGUAUGCACGACAAUGCCGCAUGCGCCCCGAUCCAUAUCGAGAGUGAUGACGAAGCUGCGACAGCGGAAAAGAACAGACAGAUGGCAAAGACUGGUCUCCCUUCAACCCAGUACACAUCCACAUUCCCAGGAAAACACAAGCCAUGGACUGAGCAGUUCACUUCCAGGUCUAGUGGCCCAACGCUAGGACAGAGUACUCCGUGGUCGGAGCCAAGAGACGAGGCCAGGAUUAAGGGAGGAUUGGUUAGGCGGGACCCCAGCGCUGUACGAGUCGAAGACUCAAUGAAGAAGAAGCCUUUCAAAACUCCUACGGGGCCUUACAGACCAUAUGAUACCUUGACCGCAAGAUCGGAUUUUCUUCAGCAAAGGGCAUCUCGGGCUCGAGCCACAGUAAACGCCCCCAGGACGAAGUUGCUUGCUAAGGACGACGUGCAUGCCAAUGACCACAGUACACCGAAUAAGAAGCGCAAGAUCGGAGACGAGCGAGGGUCCGGAAGUUCUGCUGCCUCAACCAUCCCUCUCCAGGACAGUCAGAAUCCGGACGACUCUGAAGAUGAACUUGGGCUGGACUCGAAGCCCGCCGAUGGCAAGUGGUGUGGAAAGACCCAGCAACCCAGUAACUUGAAUGAUACGGAACAAAAUUGCGUGCCCCCACUAGGAAGUCGAAACAAUGCCCACGAUGCCCAGGUCAAUCAGGUCGACCGCUCAUCGCCCGAGGACGAAUGCGCUUUCACUAAAGGCACCGCACAGCAGAGGAAAGCCGAGAAAGAUAAAAUACUGGAAAGCCCUUCAGAUUCCCCGAAGCAGGCUUCGGCCCAGCCUCGCACCUCGCCAUACUUUACGUUACCACGGACCAGGACCACAGAGAGCAGCGGGAAGAAGCAUAAUCGGAGAAGGAAUUCAACAUCAGAGAGUCCGGAUGCUCUGCAGAGUGCGGAGACUCUGUCUACCCUGGCCCAACGAGUGCUGAUCAAUGCAGCCUAUCCUAAUAUGAAAACCAAGGACCUAGGAGACCUGAUUUUAGGGAGCAACUCCAACUCCAGUGCUGUGACUAACAAGCUGUCGAGCGCCUAUGUGAAAAAACCAGUCAACUCGAAGACGUCCUUUGCUCUCGAAGAACUUGUGUACAGAGAUCUUCUCGAUACUUCAGGCUACAUAAUUGAGCUCGACAGGGCGACGAGGGAGGUGGUAAUCAAUAUGAAAGAUCCGCUGUUGGGCGACGAACCUCUUUCCAUGCCCCGUGGCUUCAACCAAAUUCGCAAACUCGAACUUGGAGACAAUCAAUCUCCUCUAGUAACGCUCCACUUUUCUCGAACCGUCAUGGCGUCAGAAAAGAUGUAUCUCAGAUUGGAAUCUCACGAAGCGGCUGUCGACUUCGUUAACUUUCUGCAGGAUGCACAGAAGAAGCUGAAAGUGAAGACCAAGGAGGAGUAA